AUGAUCGUGCGCGUCGUGCCUCUGAUACUUGCCCUCUCGCUCUGCUGCGUGUGUGGGUGUGUGACUGCUGCUGAGCAACCAGAAAGCUCUCUGAGUGGCGGCGAUGCUCACGAUUUGCCGCGACGAGACUAUGCCGAGCUUGCUGCAUCCACGAGCCAAAGAAACGUUGUUGUCAGGUACCCAGCGGCUCCGAGGGUCUCCGACGACAGCGUUGGUUUGCGCGCUUAUGGCGGCGGCGGCGGCGCACCGCCGGGGAGGAGCAGAGACCCGAAGCGCAGAGUUGUCGUCAGGAAUCGCAGGCCGACGGUGGCUCCUGGUGAAGAUGUUCGCAUCCACAUUGUUGAGGAAGUCACCAGUGAGACGGACGGUGCCCUACUGCGGCGCAGAGUGAGGGUGUUGAGGCCCCCCAGACCGGCUACUGCUCCUCGCGACGACAGCGCGAUGCCGUUGCGCGGUGGAGAAACACCAGUUGCGGUCGACGGGCCUCCAGUGCGAAGAGCGGUUGUCGUCAAGUACCCCAAAGCCCCUGUGACCCCGGAAGAGGGCACCCAGAGGGAUGAUUGA